AUACAGCAAUGAUUUGUAAAAUCUCUUUAAUAAUUUUAAUAGUUUUUAGCUUCUUUUUCAUAACUAUAUCAAGCCAUAAGAUUUAUUUUAUUUCACUUGAUAGAUUAAACUGGGAUGCAGCCUUCAGUAAUUGCAAAGCUAAGGGCAUGAAUUUGGUAAGCAUAAAAACUAGGGAGGAAAUGGAAUACUUAAAGCAAUUUCUUAAGGAAACUUAUGGUGGCGUUUCACCUUUAUGGUUGGGAGCCUAUCGUGAGAACGGUCAGUAUGUAUGGUUUGCAACUGGUGAGAAAAUCAAAAAUUUCUUUUGGCAUGCGGGAGAACCCAAUGAUAAAAGUGGCAAUGAGAACUGUAUUCAUACAUGGGAGACGGAUUUUGAUUGGAAUGACAAUGAUUGCGAACUAGAAUUGGGUUUUAUUUGUGAUUUAGAAGUUUGAUAUAACUAAUUAAGAGAGUUCAUGUGCUAAGCAGUUGAUUCGAAAAUUUAUUUUCUUAAAUUCGUAUACAAUUUAGAAAUUAGCACUGUUUACCCUAGGGUUUUGUGCGAAACAAUGAUAAUGUAAGAAUAUCUUAUAAUUUAUUAAACAAAAUUUAUUUAAAAGUUACAUUUAAAUUAUUUUUUUUAAUAAAUUUAAAAUAAUAAAA